CAGCUGCUGCCGGUCCCUCCGGGCUGGCUGCGAGCCCCUCUCCUGCCGUGCCGGGGCUGGGUGCCCCCUGCCAACACGCAUUGCUUUGGGGGAUUUGGGCCACGCCAUCCUCGGGCUGUUCCUGCUGGCAUAGUGCUAAUUCGGGUUAUUCUUAUAAUGUUUUCUGCCCUCAUCUCCGAUACACAGUUUGUCAGUGCUAAUGCUCAAACCCGACAGUGAUGGCAAAGCCCAGCUUCCCUCCUGGUGCUGCCGGCGUGCGUGGAUCCGACACUGGUGUCUACGGGUUCUUGUCUGCAAAACAGGGUUGAAUGCGUCUGCUCUGUUUCACUGAACGCUUGUGAGAAAUGCUGACAUAAAAGAUACACUCCUGGCUACCACACAUUAUUACUUUUCUUUUUUUUUUUUGCACUAUAAAUUAAGCAGUGGAAUCUUCAGUACAAGAAGGUGGCAUUUGGGCUGCAUUUUAUGAAUCAGUAUGUCUUUGCCAUGCUCAUGUGUUUGCUUUUGCAGUAUGGAUUUAUAAAUACAUGCCUGAAGUCGUUGGUGGUUGAGAAGUAUGGUGAAGAAACAUGGGAAAACUUAAGACGCCAGGCUGGGGUCCAGGAUUCCUUCUUGACUUUUGAGGUGUACAAAGAUGAGAUCACGAUGCAGCUUGUUGACAAAGCCUGCAAAAUAUUAGGUGUUCCAGCUGACAUGGUUCUGAGAGAAUUUGGAGAGUAUUUCUUUGAAUUCUGUAAACGUUCAGGCUAUGACCACAUGCUGAGGACUCUGGGUGGAAAUCUCUAUGAGUUCAUAGAGAACCUGGAUGCAUUGCACAGUUACCUGUCCCUUUCUUACCAGGAGAUGAAUGCUCCAUCUUUUAGAGUAGAAAAGAAUGAAGACGGUUCGAUGCAUUUACAUUACUAUUCGGAUAGAAGAGGUCUGUGCCAUAUUGUGCCAGGAAUCAUCGGUGCAGCAGCCCUGGAUUUUUUUAACAUUGAGAUUUCAAUGGAAAUAGUUAAUCAAACAGAGGAAGAAGAACGAACUGGUAAAAAAGAACAUAUUGUUUUUCUUGUCACUCAAAACCCUGUAUUUUCAUACAAGGAGAGAAGUAAAUUUUCUUCCUUACCUCAAUAUCUUGCUGACUCUGAAAAAAAAAUUGAUAGCCAACUGAAGAAAGAGGAUGUUGAAAAAGCCAAGAAUGCUAUUAGAGAGAGAGGAAGCACUGUUUGCCCUGUCAGGAAAAGUCACUGGAAAACAAUAAGAGGAAUAAUCGCAUUAGGAAAAGGUAAGCUUCUGAGAGGAUUUGAUCCUGUUUAUCCCAAGAGCCUCUGGAUUGACACAAAAACAUUUUGCAACGGACUUCCUUUUCACAUGGUUUUUGACAAAGAGCUCAGAGUGAAGCAAGCUGGGGUGAGCAUUCAAAAGAUCGUACCUGGCCUCCAGACCAUGGACAUCUCCUUGGAUCAGUAUUUCAGUAUUGUUCACCCAGAAGUACCCUUCACCAUCUCUAGCAUUCAGAAAUUCAUCAACAGCCAAUUUGUUUUCCAGACUAGAAGAGAGAUGAUGCCAGAGUCAUGGAAACAACGGCCAAUGCUAGAGCUGAGAGGCCAGAUGAUCUGGAUGGAGUCCCUGCAGUGCAUGCUCUAUCUGUGCUCACCUCUACUUCGCACUUUGCAUGAACUGGAGGAGCGACAGAUGCAUAUUGCAGACAUUGCACCUCAUGACGUGACCAGAGACUUGAUUCUUCUCAAUCAGCAACGACUUGCAGAGAUGGAGCUCUCUAACCAGCUGGAGAGAAAGAAGGAAGAACUGCGGAUACUGUCCAAGCAUCUGGAGGAAGAGAAGAAAAAGACUGAAGCUCUGCUCUACGCCAUGCUUCCUCAGCACGUGGCCAACCAGCUGAAAGAGGGGAAGCAAGUCGAGGCAGGAGAAUUCAAGGAAUGCACUAUAUUGUUCAGCGAUGUUGUGACCUUUACCAACAUUUGUGCUCAAUGUGAGCCGAUUCAGAUAGUUCUCAUGUUAAAUUCAAUGUACCUGCGAUUUGACAGACUGACCACAGUGCAUGAUGUGUACAAGGUGGAAACAAUUGGAGAUGCCUAUAUGGUGGUCGGUGGGGUUCCUGUGCCUGUACCCACUCACGCUGAGCGAGUUGCUAACUUUGCCUUGGGGAUGAUAAUAGCAGCUAAAGGAGUACAGAACCCAGUUUCUGGAAAUCCUAUCCAAAUUAGAGUUGGGAUCCAUACAGGUCCUGUCUUGGCUGGAGUUGUUGGAGAAAAGAUGCCUCGUUAUUGCUUGUUUGGAGACACAGUGAACAUAGCUUCCCGGAUGGAGAGUCAUGGUGUCCCAAGUAAAAUUCAUCUAAGCUCCAGUGCCUAUCAAUGCCUAAAGUACAAGAAUUUUGAGAUGACUGAGAGAGGAGAAAUAGAAGUAAAAGGCAAAGGAAAAAUGCACACAUACUUCCUCAUUAGAAAUAAAACUGCAACUGAGAACGAGAUUAUGGGAAGGCCAAUGAAAGACACAGAUUCUGGCCAUGAAUCUGUCCAGUCCUUUCAAGAAGGCAGGGCUGAAACAAUACCAAGUUGUCAUCAGCCAGUUACGCAGGCUCAGACAGAGAAGGACCAGACCCCAGCCGUCGCAAUGAAGUAUAGUGAUGGCCCCACAGUUGCACAAAGCAGCCUCAAAAGAAACCAAGCCAAAAUCCCAGAUUUAACAGGCAGAACUUAUGAUUCCAAAAGCGAUGGGAGUCUCCAUGGCAACCAGCAUGCAGAUGAUGGUCCUUGUCCUCUAAACCGGGGAAGAGUCAAACCUGCUACUGAAGAGCCACAGAUUAGAAAUGUUCGCUCUAAUUUUUGCACUUUACUCUAAGUUUCUUACAUUUUACAUUAAACACAGCAAUUUUAUUAUGAUUUGGUGCAUUUUGGUGUUGUGGGACUGAUUUUGUAUAUCAAGCACCAAGUGAUCUUGCCAAAAAAACCUCCAAAACCCAUGAAAGAGAAAAAAGACAUUUCAUCACAGCUUUCAGGAAAAAGAAAACAACGGAGUAUAAAUUUUUUAACCAAUCUACAUGUGCCACGUAAUACUCCCACUAGAGAAGGAAACCACCACAAGAUGCUUUGAAUAUGUAUUUUUCAGCCUCUGCCGUGUCUUCGAAUAUCCCCCUGCAAAAAUCAGUUUUCAGUGUCUCAUGCAGCAAUUGAGAAAGAGGUGACUUAUCCAUCUAGAAAUAUUCCUACUCAAAUGAGCACUUGCCAUAAAAGAAACGUUCCUUCAAGUGACCAUCUGUCUCAACUUCAGCACAGCCAACAACUUCCCUGUGUAACGUUAGCAGAGUUUGUUCUCCAUUUUAACUGUGAUGAUAGUUUAAUCUCUUAACAGGUCUUUUUUUUGGAUAAAGGCAUGACCACAGAGUCAUAGAAUGGUUUGGGUAGGAAGGAAGCUUAAAGAUCACCCAGUUCCAAGCCCCCGCCAUGGGCAGGGACACCUCCCACUGGCUCAGGCUGCCCAAGGCCCCAUCCCACCUGGCCCUGAACACCUCCAGGGAUGGGGCAGCCGCAACUUCUCUGGGCACGUACUUCUCUGGGCACUAGCAGAUGACGCAGUAGAAGUAUCGAACAGAUUUAGCAUAACGUGUAUUCUUUCCAUCCUGAAGAGAAAACGUUGCAUACUUUAUAACACUCAACAGUAAGAAAAACAUCUUUGACCUUUGAACCAGCUGUCCACGCUGUGCUUAGAUGAUUGUGGAAGGACAUGUACAUAGCAGAGUUAUGUAGCAUCAAAUUCAUCACAGCACUGAAGGACUGUUAAAGGCCUAUGAACUCUUUGAGACCUUCAAAUGGGUUGCAAGUUUAUUUCUCAUUUUCUCACCUCAGCUGAAGCAAAAUGAAACCUCAAGGACUGCAGAGAGAGCCUGUCAGUGCUGGAAAUAAUGAUGUUAACAUCACUGGAAAUAGCAGCGCUAAAGAUCAACAUCACUUACCUGGUGUCACAGGCUCCUCAGUUGAAUUACUUCCAUGCUGAUGUAUCCUCGGAUUAUUCCUGAUCAGAAACGGCAGAGAAAAAUUGAAAUUCAGCUGUCAAGGAUUUAAGGUAUAGGAGCAAAACUACAAUGGAUAUAAAAGUUGUGGACAACUCAGCGCAUUAUAAAUUGUUCUCUCACUCCUAUAAUAGGAGCUUGAAGUAGGUGGAAUAUGCUUGUAUUGGGUGACUUUGAUGGGAGAUGCACUUUGCACACCGAUUUAUUACCUCGGAGCAUGGAUUCAUUUUCUGAAGAUGCAAAGAUGAGACCCACUUGAAAUGAAGCAAGAACUUGCUGGAGAAUAUGAUAAUGUUACACCUCUGGUACCGUCUAGAGCAUCACAUUUCUAUCUCUUUGUCUGUGGCAAGAGUGAGGCUCUUUAACUCCAGAGGGAAGACUGCUGACAGACAGGCAUCUCCUCCUCUCUAUAGUAUAACAAGAUGAAAUUUCACCUGGUUAGACUUUCUUUUUAAACUUCUAAGACAGUAUCUCCCUUGUCUUGGGGCUCUGCAGCUCUGUCUGUCUUAGCAGGUAGUGCAGACCAGCAGAGAAGGACAUGUACAGCAAAACCAUCAGUGCUGUUGUCCAUGCUACGGAUUUCUCAGAGGGUUUGCUACAGAGGUAACACUGAAUACCUGUUAGCUUUUGGAGCACCUUAUAAGCACGUCCUCUGACAGUUUCAUCCAGAAGACAUCCAUAUAUGUUCUUUGAGACCACUCUACAGUGUGAAACAAAGUACAGUAAGUGGGUUUGGCCAGGAAAUUCACUCAGGAGGAUACUCCUGACUGAAAGGCUGAUGUAGAUGCAUCCUUUUAACAUUAGCAUUUUCAUGGUACAGCUGAGCAGUACCAUUCUGGAAGAGCACAGUUUUAUGAAUGACAGGAUUUAGUUAUAAAUGUAUAGAAUCAUAGAAUCACUUGGUUGGAAAAGAACCCUGAGAAAAUUGAGUCCAAUCGUAUGUAUGCAUUUAUUUAUUUAUAGGGAUUUUGCUGUCUCGGAACUGUUUGUUAUUUUGCUGAGGCUGAGACCUACUCUAAGCUGAAGAUUCAUUGAAGGAUUAUUAUUGUUAAUUUGGAUAUCAACUUUUUAAGCAUUUGGCUGUGUGCUACCCUCAUAUGCACAACAUCUAAAUUUCGCCUUCAUCCGUAGUAACUCCUCCCCACUGGUACAGCACUGAUGGCUUUGCUCUUCUUUAUUAUGGCCACAGCUUUAAAAAGACUUUCCUAAAGAAAGGCAGUACCCACUUUCUGUCUCGCUCACAGUGAUGUAAAUGUGAAGUGACAGUUAAAUUGGCAUUAUCCAACUGAUUGAGGUCAAGAAUCAACUCUGACAAGACUUUUGCACCUCUAACCUAGGGAUGUGUUUCACUACUCUUGACUAGCCGUGCUGAUGGAACAGAGAACACGUCAUUUAACAAAUAGCAGUGGUGGACUCCAUCUUUAUCACCAUUCUUUAUGGAGGUACAUAACCACUGAGCCUCAAGCACACGUGUGACACAAGAGAGUACAUCUCUCAGGGGACAGUGCUAAUGCAGGAGGGAACCUCUUGCUGCUCAGCUGCUCUUGCAGUCUGAUAUCUGUGUGGCCAAAUACCACUGACCACUUCUCCAAAAGGAAGAGUUUCCAAUUGGAAACUGUCCAACAGGCCUGGCCAUCAGUGAAUAGAGUUCAGUAUCUACCCCAGCAUUUAAUAUAGAUCUAUUCCAGACUGGUUUUAGGUAGAAGCCUGGAGCUCCUGUGAAAUUCUAUGGAUCCUCUUGGGAAGAAGAAAGCAAAGGACUAUGGCUUAAUUGCUGUCUACAUCUCUGUCCAAAUUUCAACACUCGCUUUGCUUAUUCCCACCAGUUUUGCACUGAACAAUCUAUGAAUGUUUAGUAUUGAAAUGUUUUAACUGCCAGUAAGUGCUCCAUGGUAAAGUGACUUCCUGCUGUACUGUGGUAAACCUGGUGUGGUUUCUCUGUGGCCUCUGCUACAAUCUAGUUCUCAUGGAGAUGCAGAGCUACGUCAACUCUGCACAACUGCUUUCAAGAAUUAAUGUGCCUGUUCAUCAUUGCGUGUUCUUACAUCUGUGGGCACUGCUAAAGACUGCAAAAGUAUCAUUAAAAAUAAAUCUUUCCAUUAAUAUACUGACCGCUAUUUGUCAAUAACUACUUUGAUUCCUUUCCCCCUUUUACCUUCAACUUUUCUGUUCUUUUUCCUUAUAAGUAUACAAAAGUUUAAGACCAUUAUACCUCUAAUAAAUGAUCACUGAGUUUAAUUUCUUGAGUGAGCACAAAGUUAUGUGCAUUGGUGUGACAUCAGAAUCAGUAGCCCACUACAACUGACAUUGCCAUAUGCAUACUAAUAGGCAGUCUUAGUAUCGGUGACCAAUCUACACUGAAUUGACCCCAAAAGGGUGGGAGAAGAGAAUUCCUACCGCUGCUUCAUGGAAGCCGAGACUUAGCAAACUUAGAAGUUAAGACUUUUGAAAGCUGUCUGAGGCUUACGGCUUUUCAAAUCCUAUUAAACCUGGUGUUCAAACACAAAUUGUCAGAAGGUUGUGUGCCCCAAAGGUCUGGAGGCCAGGUUUCCAAAGAUGUUUGUUGUUAUUUUGGUAAGUGGAAUCAACCUGAUUUAGGUACUUAACUGAACACAUAUGCAGCAUCUAGUUUCUGACAAUGAAACUCUCUUUAAAACAUUUAAAAAACACUUCUCUGUAAAUGCCUUCUGAAAUGAGCUGCUCUGUAAACUUUCCAACUGUAA